AUGGCGCGGGACAUGAGCUUCGGCCUGGGCAACGGCGGUGGCCCUGGCAGCUCGAGCAACAUCCGCGUCUCCGUGCGCUGGUACGAAAACACCAUAUUUGGCGGUGACGACGUGCGGUGCCGCAUCACCUUUGCAAAUGUGGCGUCGCAGCCUCAGCAGCCGCUGCCGCAUCCACAGCAGCUUCAACCGGCUUCGUCCUCGUCCUCUCGCCCCCCGUCAAACAGCUACCACCCUGAGCGUGCACGACUUCCAUCCUCAUCUUCACAAACACUGGCUCCGCCAGCUCCCAUGGGCCGCGGCCACCACCGCGCAAGCCAUUCUCUUAGCGGGCCGGCCACCGGCGUCGUCAUUCCAUCUGCAUCGUCGACAUCCGCAUCCGCUGCCGCAGCCGCGUCGCGCCGACGAGCUGACUCGAUUCCUUGGACACCCAACGGCAGUGCUGCGAGCAAUGGCGGCAGCAGCAAUGCCAGCGUCAACGGAAACAAUGGGGCAGGAAACGGCGGUAGUUCCAGUAGCCAAGGCCAAGGCCAUGGCAACCACCGCCGCUCACUUUCGAUUGUCUCUUUAUCCUCCGCCGGCGCCUCAGACGGCCCAUCUCGGUCGCCCACUGGACCACCACAGCAUCCAUCGGGGCCAGCUGGCUCGCAGCACCGUCCUGUGCGUGGACAUUCGCGCGCCUCCAGCUUGCAGAUUGGGCCGAGAGGCUCGUACUAUGGCGGCGGACCCCGGUCAGCCACCAACCCCCCUCGUCCUUACUCAAACAAUCCAUCGCCACUAUUCAACUCCUCCUUCCCACCCUCCGACCGAAGCGGCAACAUCACAGCUAUCCGCGGCCGCCUGACGGGCUCGGCAACUAUGCCUAACACGCCGAGCGUCGGCGGUAUGCCGCGUUCAUUGUCACGGUCACCAUCCGAUGGAUUCUCCGACUUCAAGUUCCCAAUGGCGCCCCCACCAACAAACCCAUCAAACCCACAAGGUCCCAUUGACGGUCCGUUGCUGACCUCUCCCACGCCGACGUCGCCCAACGAUAAGCCCUUGCCAGCGCUUCCAAUACGGUCGAGAGACGGAUCCAACAACCACGCCAGUCACAACGCCGUAGGUGCCCCGCCAACGCAGGUGCCGACCAUUUACGAGGGGCCUGCCACGCCGUCCGAGGCCCGCGUCCUUUCCACGACUAGCAUCGCGGGCACGCCGCGUAGUAGUGGCGAAUUCUACUCGCUGAGCAACCAUUCUACCGAGACGCUAGCUUCCGAGUACCUGUCCCAGCAACCCACACAUUCAGGAGCGCUUCGGUCACAACCGGGCCGCCCACCGCACACACGGCAAAAGUCCUCCUCCAACCUACUCUCGCCGCAGACGCACGGCCAGCAGCAGCAGCAGCUAUUGCAGCACCAAGGUCACCACCUGUCCCGCAGUCUAUCAAAACGCGCGAGGACAUCUGCUGCCUCGGCAGCCGCCGCGGUUGCACCGGAAACGCUGAUGAUGGGAUACGCACAAAUCGAGGGCUCGUUCACACUUGAUGGGUCCCUUGUCGAUCUGAGUCCCUUUGAGCAGGUGAAGCGCAAAGGCGUCGUUGGCGGCCAGGGCGGUGGUGUGGUCGGUCUCAAGAAUAAUAAACGGGACAGCGGCCUGCUUAGGGGAUUUGGCUGGGGCAGCUUGGCGACGUCCAUUGGCGAUCUCCUCGGCGCGGGUGAGCUUAGCACCAUCAAAGAGAUGCGCGACAAGGCAAGCUCCAAGUCUGUUCCGCUGCUUGCUACCCAACAAUCGGUGCUGUUCGCCGACCUGCAGCUGGCACCGGGUGAGAGCAAAACGUACGAAUACGUGUUCCAGUUGCCCAAGGGUCUACCGCCGUCGCAUCGCGGUAAGGUCAUGAAGAUCUCCUACUCGCUUGUGAUUGGCACACAGCGGCCUGGAACUGCCAAAGAACAACGUGUCACCUCAAUCGAUUUCCCGUUCCGUGUCCUCGGCAGCGUCAACGGCUACGGCGAAAUUCUGGGCCACAACUUAAUGAGUCCUUACUCACCCGAGACCAGCUCGAACUCUGCUACCGUCCGGACAGUCUCGGAGAAGGAGCUCAGCAGACCGUGGACACUGACACCGCCUGGGGCCCAGAAGCAGCAGCAGCUGCCGCCCCAGCAGCUGGCAACGCGGCGACGAAGGAGCUCGACCGCGGCCACAAUUACAGGACCCACCAUGAACGGAUUUAUGAUGUACGUCGAUGAGCUUCUGAAACAGCGAGAGGCCGAGGUGUUGGCAGCAAGCACGGACGGCAGUGCCAACGGAUUCUUUGGCGCGGUCGGCGCUGGCGGGGGUGAGCCGCGGAGCGGUCUCUUGUCGCCCACGGCCGUCCUACCUGGGUCGCGUCGUAUGUCGACAGCAUCGUCGAUAUUUUUGCCAGACGACAACGGUCGGCCGCUCCUGUCUCUAUCUUGUCGCGAAGCCAUUGAGCUCGCCAUUAUGCGCAGCAACCUCACCGACAGCAACCACUACGGCGGCGGCGGUCGCAAUGUGAGCGCCAACCGCUUUGACAUUUCCCGAAACAAGCUCAAAGUCGCCACGGUCAUGCUUGCCCGCCCGGCCUACCGCCUCGGCGAGACCAUCACAAUGGUGGUGGACUUUUCCAAUGCCAAGAUUCGCUGCCACGCCGUGCAUGCGGCGCUCGAGACAAUCGAGAAGAUUGUGGACCCCAAACUGGCGCUGCGGUCCGAGGCCAGCGUGCAGCGCGCGUCGCGCCGAGUGUACGCCUCGCUAUCAGAAGCCACGCUGUACUCGCGACGCUUUGUCUUUACGGCGACCAUUCCCAGCAAUGCGACGCCCGAGUUUGAGACGACGGGUGUGGUGCUGGAAUGGAAGAUUCGCGUCGAGUUUGUUGUACCUGCCGACGACGAGACCGACCUCAACAGUCUUGCCAAUGGCAAUAACAGCGAGGACUCUUAUGACUGGGACGAAGCGGAGUACGCGCACAACAGCGGUGGCGACAUGGACGAGGACGAUGACGGUGAUGACACCGACGACGGCGACAAUGCCGAUGGCGAUGAAGAGAGGCCCAUCAACGACGAAUCGCAAACCAACCGCCCUGGGCAGCGCCGCCCGCGCCUGCGGCCAUCGCACAGCAGCACGCAGUCCCGGCAGCCUCGACCGCCUCGGCAGCCUCGCGCGGCACCCCCUCCGCCACCUAUGCUUGAGGAGAUCUCACAAGACGACCGUGGCGGGCUAGUGCUCGCAGCCGUCGAGACGCUGCGGUGCGAGAGCUUUGAAGCGGCCGUGCCCAUUCGCGUCUACGGCUGGAGCGGUGACUUUGGCGGCAACGGCGGCGGCGAGAACGAUACCCGCGAGAAGGUUGUCUAG